UUGAAAAUUAUCAGUCGUAUAUCUGAAGAAUCAAUAAUGGCACGUACCAAGCAGACCGCCCGCAAAUCUACUGGAGGAAAGGCUCCACGCAAGCAGCUCGCCACCAAGGCAGCUCGCAAGUCCGCCCCAGCCACCGGCGGAGUCAAGAAGCCUCAUCGUUACAGGCCUGGAACCGUCGCUCUCCGUGAGAUCCGUCGCUACCAGAAGAGCACCGAGCUUCUCAUCCGCAAGCUCCCCUUCCAGCGUCUGGUCCGUGAGAUCGCCCAGGACUUCAAGACCGAGCUCCGCUUCCAGAGCUCUGCCGUUAUGGCUCUCCAGGAGGCCAGCGAAGCUUACUUGGUCGGUCUUUUCGAGGACACCAACCUUUGCGCCAUCCACGCCAAGCGUGUCACCAUCAUGCCAAAGGACAUCCAGCUUGCCCGCCGUAUCCGUGGCGAGCGUGCUUAAAUUUAUCGUCUCCUA